UUGCCGCCAUUUUUCUAGAACGGACUUGGAUUUUUCCUGUCCUUUUGGUUCAACUUUUUGGUCUUCUGAAAGCCUGUAAACAGUGACAAUGCCGCGGGAAAUCAUAACGUUACAGUUGGGACAAUGUGGGAACCAAAUUGGUAUGGAGUUCUGGAAGCAGCUGUGUAUGGAACACGGAAUUAGUCCAGAGGGAAUUCUGGAAGAUUACGCAACUGAAGGAACAGACAGAAAAGAUGUAUUCUUCUACCAGGCUGAUGAUGAACACUACAUCCCCCGGUCCGUCCUGUUGGAUCUGGAGCCUCGAGUCAUCAACACCAUCCUGAACUCCCCCUACGCCAACCUCUACAAUCCCGAGAACAUCUACAUGUCCACACAUGGGGGAGGCGCAGGCAACAACUGGGCCAGCGGGUACGCACAGGGUGAAAAAGUGCAGGAAGAAGUGUUUGACAUCAUCGACAGAGAAGCUGACGGGAGUGAUAGUUUAGAGGGCUUUGUGAUCUGCCACUCCAUUGCGGGAGGUACAGGCUCUGGUAUGGGGUCUUACAUGGUAGAGAAGCUCAAUGACAGAUUUCCUAAGAAGCUGAUCCAGACCUACUCGGUGUUCCCCAACCAGGAUGAGAUCAGUGACGUGGUGGUUCAGCCGUACAACUCACUCCUCACACUCAAGAGACUCACACAAAACGCUGACUGUGUGGUGGUGUUGGACAACACAGCCCUGAACAGGAUUGCAGUGGACAGACUUCACAUCCAGAACCCUUCCUUCUCUCAGAUCAACUCUUUGGUGUCUACCAUCAUGUCCACCAGCACCACCACUCUGAGAUACCCCGGCUACAUGAACAACGACCUGAUCGGCCUGAUCGCCUCUCUCAUCCCCACCCCACGUCUGCACUUCCUCAUGACAGGAUACACACCACUCACUACGGACCAGAAGGCUGCGAGUGUGAGAAAGACGACGGUUCUUGACGUGAUGCGACGCCUGCUGCAGCCCAAGAACAUGAUGGUGUCGACAGACCGCAUCCGCCACAUCAACCACUGCUUCAUCUCCAUCCUCAACAUCAUCCAGGGGGAGGUGGACCCCACACAGGUGCACAAGAGCCUGCAGCGUAUCCGUGAGAGGAAGCUCGCGCAGUUCAUCCCCUGGGGACCAGCAAGCAUACAGGUGGCACUGUCCAGAAAGUCUCCAUAUGUCCAGUCAGCCCACAGAGUCAGUGGGCUCAUGCUGGCCAACCAUACCAGCAUCUCCUCAUUGUUUGAGAGAUGUCUGAAGCAGUACGACAAGUUGCGGAAACGUGAGGCCUUCCUGGAGCAGUUCCGCAAAGAGAACAUGUUCAAGGACAACCUGGAUGAGCUGGACAACUCCCGUGAGGUUGUCCAGCAGCUAGUGGAUGAGUACCACGCUGCAACUAGACCUGACUACAUCUCCUGGGGCGCUCAGGAGGCAGCUGAGGGAAGAUCAUAAGAAGACUACAAGACUGUCUGUAUAGAGGUGGGAGCUUCUUAAAAAGAAAGCUUAAAGGUUCAAGUUAUAAGCACAUGAGGAAUGUGUUCGUUCGUUUGUUUCUUUGUUACACGUUUCCAUAUUCUUCCUGAUUGUGUACAUAUAUAUUGAAGAAGUAAGAAAAGUAUUGAAAGAAGUCCUUUGAGUGCUCCAAUAUAAAUAAAUAUCCAGUAUUCUGUGUGACAAAGAAAACAAUAUAUAUAUGACUUGAUAACUUGAAGUUUGUUUUUCCUACUUCAUUUUGUACAUUUUGUAUCACUCAAACUUGAAUGGAGCUUCGUUUCCAGAUAUUCCUCAAAGAAAGGGGGAAUUCCAAGCAUGGUAGACUAAGUUUUCUCAAAGAAGAUCUGAAUGGUAACAGUAUGUAUUGGUAUGUUUGCAACGGAAAAUAUUUAUAAAAAAAAAAACAAGGAUUUCAAAAGCAGUGAGUAUCACUUAUUGUGAAGACCACAGAAUUCUUACCACUUGAACUUUGACCAUAGAGUCAGUCUCAAAACUCUUCCAUUUGUAUUUGUUCCACAUUUAAUAUGGGACCUUGAAAAUUUAUAUAAGGACAGAGCAGAUUUUCACUAAAAGGCUGUCUUGCUCCAAGUAGAAGCAAAGUGCCAACAAUAUCUUCCUAAAUGAUGAACAAUGACGAUAUAAAAUGCAGUACAUUUAUUCCAAUAUGAUAACAAUGCAUGUAUGCAUCCAAACAUUUUAAAUAUACAUGUUGUUAUGAUGUAACUGCACAAUUUCAUGUACUUUGUAUGCUACAUACAUGUAGUCACUUUCUUGGAUGAUAAAGGCACAUAACAUUCACAUGUAACUGUCAACAUUGAACAUCUAAAAUAAAUGGCUUGCAUCUGCCAAUACUCUUGGAUAUG